CAAAUGCAUACUUCAAUAUUGAAGUACCUUCAAAACCCGGCUGGCAGCACCAACGCUUGCAAAUAACGUACGUUCUUGCUUAGUGCAGGCGCUAAUUCAUUCAUUUCAUACACAACUUGUAUUUUGUAUUGCAGAGUGAUUAGUCAAAUAUCAAAAACUAACAAAGGGUUUAAUAAUAAACAAAAGGUGUUUGAACCGAUAAGGUAAAUAAAGAGUUAACGUUUGAGCGAUUUAAUAACAAGGGCGAUAAACGAAAUUCUUUCCAUCUGCUAGUUAUUAAAUAACAGCAAUACAUUUUAUUGUAACAUACUAACCAUACAUGCAAUACAUUGUGCUCCAGAUUGAAUAUGACUCUCUAAACCUCCGUACUUCUCAAGAAAUGGCAUACGUGAGAUGAAUAAUUUUAAUUUGUUACAGUCGGCACAUUAACUCUUUACUGAAGCCAGCUAAGAAAACAACAAAAAACAACCAGUUUUUAUAUCAACAGCGAAACUAUUUCUAAUUAACUUUACAUUUAGUGAUUUAGCGAUUGUUACUUUUAAUUAAAACGAAUUAGUAUAAUAAUUUCUAAGUGCGCGCAGCAAUGGCCAGAAGGACACAAGUGCACUCUGUCGGUAUAAGCGAUAAUACCGAAGAGCUCGAAAGUCCGGAAACUAUAGAAUCCGCUUCGCUAGCUAUACAAGAUGUCCCUUCAAAAGCCGCACAAAAAGACUCUUCCAUUAUCGAUCCACAACCUGCAAGCAUACAACGUCGCUAUACUUCUAUAUUUCCAACUAAGAUGUCUUCAGUGUAUUUUCCCAAUAAGGUCCUUGUUGGAAAUUUUUCGGCUGAUUUAAUAGCAGAACGUAGUGCUGCCUUUAAGACAUUCCUCAGUCAUGUCGUCAGUUGCAGUACAUUACGCGACACGGCUGCGUUUUUACACUUUCUUCAAGAUCACGAACUAGCCAAGGCAUGUCAACUCUUGGACGAGCGUCGCAACGAAAUGGCUAUUCCAUUGCUAGAGAAUUGUUUUCGGUUACUAAAUAAAAUUUUCAUGGAUCGUUCCCGGGCUGUCCUAUUAAUUUUGUGUCGUCUUGUUGCUGCCUGCACCAUGUCACCGGUGCCGCAUCAUUCGGCCGAACGCUGGGCAACGUUGGCGCUGAGCCGUUACGAUACAUUGUGUGACAUUGAUCUCCUACAAUUAUAUAUUCCAUUACUACACACAUGCACACAUCUUUGGUGGCAGCGGGGUUUUGAUCAAAAGCCGCUAAAAAAUUGUCCUACACUUAUCCAGGCUAUUCACAAGCUGGAUCCGCGCACUGAAACUAUAUAAAUAAUAUAUGCAUUCAUACAUUCAUAUAUAAAAUAUUGAAAAAUAGUGCACAUGCAUACAUAUUAGGGUGGUCAAAAAAUGCAUGUGAAAAAGUAGUCGAAAUUUUAAUGCCGCCACCCCUAGGAUUGUUCUAUACGAAAAAAGAUAUACCCCUAUCUUUUUAUUUCGAAAUCAAAAGAUAUUUAGAGAG